AUGGCGCCUGCUGCUGGAGCUAAGAAGCAAAAGAAGAAGCCGACUCACCCAUCGCAUAGGUCUAAGGGAAAGGUCAAGGACAAGGCCCAGCACGCCGUCAUCCUCGACAAGACCACCUCCGACAAGCUCUACAAGGAUGUCCAGUCCUACCGCCUGGUGACCGUUGCCGUCCUGGUCGACCGUCUCAAGAUCAACGGCUCCCUGGCACGGCAGUGCCUUGCCGACCUCGAGGAGAAGGGCAUCAUCAAGCCCGUGGUGCAGCACAGCAAGAUGAAGAUCUACACCCGCGCUGUCGGUGGCUCUGACUAA